UUGGAUGUGAUUCGCAUUCAGACAGUAUAAAGAGACCGACAGAAGCCAGCACAGCUCUGUCAUCUGGCCUUUGCACUCUUCAUACAGCAGCUCUGUUGUCACAUGCAAGCAGUUGUCAGGUCUGUAACCUUGGCUUAAGCAGUGCGCAUGUCUGCUCCUCCGCCUCAGUGACUGCCUGUCAGUCAGGAGCUGCUUAGUCCUCCUGAGUUAGUGCACAGACUUCAGAGGGAGAGUUUGAAACCAACAUCAGAAAUGAGCUUUACCAUCGAGGAGAGGGGCAGGCCCAACACCCAGGACUACAGGGUGUUUUUCCAAAACUCUGAGGGUAAAUACAUCUCUCCGUUCCAUGACAUACCCAUCUACGCAAAUGAAGCAGAGAAUAUUUUUCAUGCUGUUGUGGAGGUUCCAAGAUGGACAAAUGCAAAGAUGGAGAUUGCCACCAAAGAUCCUCUCAAUCCACUGAAACAAGAUUUGAAGAAGGGGAAUCUUCGUUACGUAGCUAAUGUGUUUCCUCACAAAGGUUACAUCUGGAAUUAUGGAGCUAUCCCGCAGACAUGGGAAGAUCCUAACCACAAGGACAGCGACACAGGAUGCUGUGGAGACAAUGAUCCUAUUGAUAUAUGUGACAUAGGAAAUAAGGUGUGCACACGAGGAGAGAUAAUUAAAGUGAAAGUUUUGGGAACUCUGGCUUUGAUCGAUGAGGGUGAAACAGACUGGAAGGUCAUUGUGAUCAAUACGGAGGAUCCCGAAGCCGGCGACUUUAACGAUAUUGAUGAUGUGAGACGACUUAAGCCUGGAUAUCUGGAGGCGACUUUUGAUUGGUUCAAGAGAUAUAAGGUCCCAGAUGGGAAACCUGAAAACCAGUUUGCUUUCAAUGGAGAAUUCAAAGACAGGGACUUUGCCAUUGCAACAGUGAAGAGCACCCAUGAGUUUUGGAAGGCACUGAUCUCUAAGAAGACCGAUGCUGGCGAGUUAAAUUGCAUGAACACCAGUGUCUCAGACAGUCCGUUCUGCUGCUCUGCUGGAGAUGCAGAGGCUGUGGUUAAGUCUGCAUGCGAUUUUGGAGCUGAAGAUCCUAUUCCAAGUUCAGUUGACAAAUGGUUCUACUAUGAGAAGUAGGAAGGAAAAGCCUGGGCAGAAACAUGAAGAUGUCACUUCACACCUGCACUCCUUCUAUCUGCUUACAGUGGCACAUGAACUGGACAGAUUGAAUGUAUAUUGUAUUUCACAUUUUACCUGUUUUUGUUGUUGUUGUUGUUAUCUGAUUCUACUGCUUGUUGUGGGAUUAUUCGCACUUUGUAAAAUUCAGACCAUGUGAAGGCACUUUUUCAUCAUUUACAUUGUAGCCCAUAAUUUCAGGCUUGAUAGGACACUAUAAUAAACCAGACUAAAUCCCA